AUGGCUUCUCUUUCGUCGAGAAAGAAGAAAAAAGACGAAGUUAUUCAAGAAGAUAGCGACGAAGAUUCUUCAAGCGAGGCCGAAAGCGAGAAUUCUGAGUCAGAUCUCCACCCAGAUCUGGAAAUUCAAGUUGAAUUUGAAGCAAGAACUCCAGAAGCCUCAGAUUUUGCAGGAAUAAAAAGAUUAUUGCAGCAGCUUCUGCCAAAAACCAGCAUAAAUCUCUCUGAAAUUACAGAUCUUAUUUUGAAUCAGUCGAAAGUUGGCAGUGUUUUGAAGUGUAUCGCAGACAACAAUGACAAUGAUGACAACAACGAGGAGGAUACUUACGGAAUUACUACAGUCUUGAACAUUAACCAUCAUAAGGAGGUAGCUGCAGUCAGAGACUUCCUUAAUCUUGUUACAACAAGUUCUCAAGAUGAACAAUUUUUAAAAAUCCUUCAAGAUCCACAGCCCACUAUGGGUUGGUUAAUAAGCGAGCGAUUUAUCAAUAUUCCAGCUCAUAUUGCUCCACCACUCUAUGCAAGCCUUUGGUCAGAGAUUGAGAAGGCAAGAAAAAAGGGGAAGCCUUUUAAAUUUGACUAUCUUCUCUACAUAUGUAAAUCCUACAAAUUUGAUGUAUCAAGCAACAAGAAAAAAAAGAAAAAUCAAGUGAAGGAAGGGCAAGACCUGAUGUUUAUAAAUGCUGAGGAUGAACUACUAUGUCAGAAAGCAUCAGCGAAGUUUGACAAAGACGUCACAGAGCAAAGCGAUGUUCUGGUGUCUGGCAAAUGGCGGGAAAACGACAGUCAGAUGAGAUCAUUCAGGACAUUCAUGUUAAUACAUUGGAAAGAAAUGGAAAAAAUAACGACAGAAAUGGAACAAUUUGCAGCGUGAGACUGAGUCGGGUAACUAUUAGCGUGUUUUCAUUCUAUAAUUUAGUACCAAAAUUUGUGAGCUGGCGCGAAAUAUCUUGCGACGGAAAUAUGCGAUUUUGUUACAAAAGGUACCGUCCAACUUGUGACGUCCAGCAACGAUACCCGGUCAACUUCGUUUAAUUUGCAAAGGUUGAUCUUCGAUAUGAGAAGAGUACAGUCCAAAAAACAACGUCUUGUAAACUAAAAAUAUAAACUUUCGUCGAUAGAGCUAGACAACAAUUUUGCUGUCUGAAAAAUCGUUGUCUUGUUUUUUAUGAAAGCUCGAUUUACAAGUUUUCAUAAUGUUUUUAGGAAUGUUUAUUCCUAUAUUUUAUUUCAUCAUGAUUUAGCCUGGUAGAGCAUUUCUUUACACCUUUAAAAUCAAGUCAAAAUUGAAAUUCCAAAGCUUUUUUAUUUCCAUAAUGUUAUAAUACCACACAAUUAAAGUACAAACG